UAUUAAUUAUUUCUAAGGAAAAAAAGUUUAGGUUAAUCUUACAUUACACCAAUCGUUUUACAGUCCACUUAUUGGCAAAUCAACGAUUAUUACUAUUCUCUCUCUCUCUUUUCAUACAUACUAUUAGAUCUUUUUUUCUUUAAUGUUAAGUAAUUUGUAUAGGCAACGUUACAUUUGGAUCGUUUUUGUUUUAAUGUGUAUAAAUAGAUGGGGGUGUAUGGUGUGUGAUGAUGCCACAACACAGAAGGGAGAGCUUGAAACUCAAGCCAAAAGGCAACUUUCAUUGUAUAGAGAUUUAAGAAAGAAAAGAUGAUUAGCGUAAAAGAACUUGUAGAAAAGAGCACAAAAAUCACAAUCCCACAAAACUUCAUUCGUUUGGAUCAAGAGGCUUCUACUACCUCUGAUCCUUCCACCUUCCCUACUCCUCCAAUCAUUGAUAUGAGUAGAUUACUCUCGCCUCAAUAUUCUCGUUCGGAGCUUCUCAAACUUCACUCCGCUUGCAUAGAAUGGGGAUUGUUUCAGUUGGUGAACCAUGGGGUUAGUUUUUCAUUGUUGGGAGAGCUAAAGCAUGAGGUUGAAGGAUUUUUUGAUCUUCCAUUAGAGGAGAAGAUGAAAUAUGGUAUGAAGAGUGGAGAAGUUGAGGGUUAUGGAACAGUGGUUAGAAGUAUGGAACAGAAACUUGAUUGGGGAGAUAGAGUUUACAUCAUUACUAAUCCUCUUUCAAGAAGGAAACCUCAUCUUCUUCCCUGCCUCCCUUUAUACUUAAGAAAUGCGUUGGAGUCGUACUUGAAAGAGACGAGAAAGAUGGCUAUGACAUUGUUUGGAAUGAUAGCGGGAAAUUUGAAUAUAGAGGUGAGGAAGUUGAAGGGGUUGUUCGAAGAUGGAAUGGAGGCCAUAAGGAUGUCAUACUAUCCGCCAUGCCCAUCACCGGAGUUGGUGGUCGGACUAAGGCCGCACUCGGAUGCAUCAGGGCUCACCAUCUUGAACCAACUGAAUGCAGUGGAAGGACUCCAAGUUAAGAAAGAUGGCAUUUGGUUCCCAGUGAGUUUCAUCCCAGAUGCCUUCAUUGUCAACCUUGGAGAUAUCAUCGAGAUAAUAAGCAAUGGGCUUUACAACAGCAUUGAACACAGAGCAACAGUGAACUCAGAGAAGGAAAGAAUGUCAAUUGCAGUAUUUUACAAUCCAAGAUUUGAUGGUGAGAUUGCGCCAUUCACUGCCUCUCAACUAAACCCACCUUUGUUUAAAAACAUUAUCAUGGAGGAUUAUUUUAAGGACUUUUUCACACAAUCUUUCAAUGGAAAAUCUCAUUUGGAAAGAAUGAAAAUCCCUACGACUCAUCCACCCAAUCCAUCUUCUACUUAUUAAUCUCAUCUCAUCCAUUUUCUCUGUAAUAAUAUGACAAUAUUAAAACCUUUUGGAUUUUGUAAUUUUUAUUUGUAUCGAAUUUAUUUUCGUACUUAUUAUAUAUUACUUUUUUCAAAUAUAAAUAAGAGUAAAAGUAGAUGGCAAUUACUCUUAAAAUUAUUGAUUUUUAUGUGUGUACUGUGUAUUAAAUCAUGAAUAAAAAAACUGUGUAUUAACGUAUUGUUUUAUAUA